AGCACCAUCCCUCUCUCCAUCCAGUGUGCUCGAUUUUCUAACCAAAAUCAUUUUUCUCUUCUCGCUCUUCACUUCAAGCAUGAGCGGCGGCCCUGUGUCUUUGGUGGGUCAGUACAAGCUGAUCCGCGUGAAUGGUAAGGCACCUGAGACACCAGCGCCAGUGGUGCUGCGCCUGGAGGCAGCUCCUGACAACGCAAACAAGCUGCGUCUGCACGUGAAGGUGGCCAACUCUAUGAACGGCGUCGUCUCCAUCGAGGACGGCAAGCUGAAGGGGCCUCUCAUGUCUACGCGGAUGAUGGGCACGCCGGCGCAGAUGACGGUGGAGCACAUCCUGGGCAGUGACCUCAUGGAAGGAGUGGCGUACACGCUGGAGGACAAGGUGCUGAAAAUGACAGGCAAGACAGGUUCGCUGGAGUGGGCAGCGGAGUAG